GCAACCCAAUGUUACGUCAUUCGCCGGAGAGAGUGAGCGAGUAAACGAUGGGAACGCACUACGAGAUACGAGGUGAUUGUUGGACAUGGGAGUAAACAAGUGUGUAUCGAGAACUUAAUUCUUUAAAACUUUCAGUCAUGUUGAGAAUUAUACCUUCAAGUUUAUUGUCUAUAUAAGUUUUUUGCUAUGAUAUGAAAAGUUUUUUCCAGACGUGUCUUUCAAAAGUAAAACAAAUUUUGAGAGAUGUAAAUUUGUAGUUGAAAUGCAAAACAGGUCGUUUUUCUGUCCUUAACUUCUCACAUGCAUUGUGAGAUGAUUACUCAAAUAGAGAACUUUGAAAUAUUUUAUCUGAAAUAUGGGCUGUUCUGUUGGCAAGCUAGAUAGUCGAAAAAUUAAAGAUUCGCCGAUCAUAGAUGUGAAUGACGUAAAUAUUCAGACGGUUUUACAACUGAACAGUCCUGAUAAGAAAUCCCAUAAAAGUAAACGAGUAUCCUCUCGAAAUUCCAGAAAUCGAAGGCACAAACGAAGUGAAUCUAGUUCUAGAAAGAAAGGAGACAAUCGCCAUAAAUCUCCCAGACCAAAAAGUGAAAGACCUUCUAAACCGACUUACGACUCUAAGAUUACAGCUAAGUAUGAUAUUAAGGCUGUAAUUGGGAAAGGUAGUUUCAGUCGUGUGUUGAGAGUUGAGCAUUUAAUAACCAAGCAACCUUAUGCUUUAAAAACAAUUGACGCACCAGGUGGACGUGAAGCAUUUGAAGCUGAGCUUUCUGUUCUUAGACGUUUGAAUCAUCCUAAUGUGAUAAAAUUAGUUGAAGUAUUUGAAUCAGACCACAAAGUGUACAUGGUCAUGGAAUUGGCAACUGGUGGUAGCCUUUUGGACCGUCUCGAAACUAGAGGUUACUUGACUGAUGAAGAUGCCAGAGAUGUCAUGCAAAUGGUACUUAAUGGUGUUAAGUAUCUACAUGCUCUUGGUAUAACACACAGAGAUCUAAAACCAGACAAUUUGUUAUAUUACCAUCCAGGGAAAGAUUCCAAGAUUAUGAUAACAGAUUUUAGUUUUGCAAGUACUCGUAAACCAUCGGGCAAUCCAUACAUGCACACUGUUUGUGGUACUCCUCAAUACAUAGCACCAGAAAUUGUGACUCGUAAACCUUAUACCUGUGCUGUUGAUAUGUGGGCUGUUGGUAUCAUUACUUACAUUGUUUUGUGUGGUUCUUUUCCAUUUGAUGCUGAUCAAGACGCACAAAUCUUUAAACUGAUUCUUCGUGGCAAGCUCAAUAUGUCUGAUCCAAUUUGGUCGGACGUAUCGGAAGAAGCGAAAUCAUUCGUUCACCAGCUUCUACAGACCGACCCUUCCAUGCGACUGAGUGCCAGCGCGGCGCUACAACACGACUGGUUCACAACCACCAAGCUGACCUACUCUCCGCCCAAAAGCAGUGACCGGCACAAGAGCGACCGACGGAGUCUCAGAUCCAGUCGGUCCGUCGGAUCUUCUAGGUCGGGCGGGUCGGUACAAUCCCUUCGUGUUUCUGGUCACCGGAGAGUACAAGUGCAUCACUUGGAGGCUUUGUCUUCAGACCCAGAGGUUGCUGCCAUGAUGUAAAACAGAUAAAAAUCAUGGAUGUACCUGUGACGCCAAACGUGUUCCUAUCAUCGUCAUUGACGGAUAAAUUUUUCUCGACUAUCGAUUUGUAAAAAAUGAAAUUUUCACAUUUUUUCAUCAUACAAACAUUAUUUAUAAUUAAGCAUGCAUUCAUUUUAUUAUUGUAUAACGAUGUAUAUUUUGUAUAGUGUUAAUGAAUGUCUUAUAUUUUUAAAGUGUAUAUUUAAAGACUUUAUUAAUUUUAUAUCAUGUGAAAUAAAAGGUUUUAAAAGAUUUU